AUGGGGUUUGCCUCCAAAAUUGCCAACGCUCAAAACAACCCGCAGAAGAUGAGCAACCCAGGUGCUUAUUCGGGAGCUCCGCCGGCUGGCUACACGGGAGGUCCUCCUGCAGCGCUGCAGCCUGGUGCUGGUGGAUAUCCUCAGUCUCCCUAUCCAACAUCUACUCCGCCGCCGCAACAGCAGCAAUAUCAGUCCUAUAACCCACCGUCGGUGCCUCCAAACAAGCCAGCUCCUUCGCCUUCCCCAGGAUAUCCGCAAGCACCGUACAGCCCCCAUCCAUCGUCACAGGGCUACCCUCAGGCUUCACCCUACAGUAAUGAACCUUCAUAUGGCCAAGGGCAGCCCCAGCAGGGUUAUGGACGAACUGCCCCACCUCCACCACAGGUUCAGCCCUACGGAGCGCCAUAUUCUCCACAGCAACAGGCAUAUGGACAGCCUUAUCCACCUCAAGGCGCGCCGUAUCAAGGCGGACCUGCAGGCCCUGGCGGGCCCCCAGGACCAGCUGGAUAUGGCCACCCUGGCGGCGCUCCUCCCGCUCGUGCCACUGAUCAGCAGAUCGGCGCCUACAGACAGCUUCUGAUUGGAACCAUUCAAGAGAAGAAUUUGCAAAGCUUUUACCCUCCUGACAGACUGGAUAGACUUGUCCAGCAGUUGGCCAAUGACGCUCCCGGAAAAGUUGACAGACUUGUCCAUGAGUGGUCAGUGCCGCAGGAAGUGGCAAUGGAUGUCAUGAAACUUGCUCUUUUUGAUGUUAUCCUUUAUGUCGAUGACAGUGGUUCCAUCGAGUUCGAAGAGAAGGGGAUGAGAAAAGAGCAGCUUAGACAGAUUCUCGGUAUCGUCGCAACCGGUGCAUCGACGUUCGACCAAGAUGGCAUCUCUGUGCGCUUCAUGAACUCCAAUGAAAUAGGCGAUGGUAUCCGCAGCGUCGAUGAUGUCAACAUGCUCGUCUCACGUGUUCGGUUCGCCGGCUUGACACCAUUGGGUACAGGCUUGAGGAACAAGGUACUUGAGCCAUUGGUUGUUGGUCCUGCUCGGGCCGGUCGUCUGCAGAAGCCUGUCCUGAUCAUCACGAUCACAGAUGGUCAGCCUGCCGGUGAGCCACACGACGCUGUCGCUAGCGCCAUUCGAUAUGCCAGCGAAGAGGUAUCCAGAACCCAAUACGGAAGAGGUGCAGUCUCGUUCCAGUUUUCGCAGGUUGGAACCGACAACAAGGCCCGCGAGUUCCUUGCCAGUCUGGAUGAGGACCCCCACAUCGGCGGCUUGAUCGACUGUACAUCCAACUUCGAAGUCGAACAAGAUGAGAUGUCUCGCGCCAACCCUCCAAUUCAUCUGACUCGCGAGCUCUGGUGCGCCAAAUUGAUGCUCGGUGCCGUUGAUUCCUCUUACGAUACCAAGGACGAAAAGGCCGCUGGUGGCCCCGGCGGUCCCGGCGGUCCUCCCCCUUCUGGACCUCCUCCUGGCCAGUACGGUGGUUACAACCAAGGACCAAACUAUGGCCAGCAGCCCGGCUACUAUAACCAACCUCCGCCAUCCGGAUACAAUCAGCCAGGACCCUAUGGCCAGGGACAAGGCUACAACCGUCCAAGCCAGGGUGGACCCCCACAGCCUGGCUAUGGACAGCCGUACGGUGGAUAUGGAGCCCCUCCUCCAUCUGACCCAUACGGACGUCCUCCCUCUGGUCCUCCACCAGGUGGCUAUCCUCCGCAGCAGAGACCCUAUGGACAGCCUCCCCCACCCCCAAGGUACUGA